CAAACCUUGAUAAGCAUUAAACGCCAAGACUUAUUCGUUUCUUCAGUGUCUGCCUUCCAAAGGUUUCAUCUUUGUCUUCCUCCUGUUCAUCACAGCUUCUCAAGUUAGGGUUUUCAAUGGCACAAGCUAUGGAUGUUGGAGGUGAGGUGAUGGAAAGCACUAUUCCUUCUCUUAUUGUAGAUUCUGUUCAGAAAGGAGAGGUACUUUCUCCAGAAGAUAGUGCUUGGGUUGAUUCCUGCCUGAUUAGUGAAUCUGAUACUUUGGAUGAUGACUGGUCUUCUCUGAAAGGUGCCCUGCUAGAAAUCCUUAAUUCUCAGCCUGAAUCACUCAGCUCUUCUGCACUUCCUUCUGGUGAGGGGGCAGAUACAGAACACUUCCAAAGAAGAACCCAAAGGAGUCUGCUUCCUAUUAAUGAAGACGAAGAGAGUGGAGAUGAUGAUAUGCCCACUGAUGAGGAUGCUAGUAAUUUGCAGUCAUCAACUUUUACGGGAAAUCCAUUCUUGCCAGGUUACCGUGAUGAUGACCUUGGAGUGACUGGAAACCUUGAGUUAGGAGCCAAUGUUGUCUCUACAGUAUCUGAGAUGGAGCCUUCAACUGAGGAUAUUUUCAGGGUUUGGGACUUGGAUGUUCCAGUGGAGGAAGAUGAUCUUGUUAAGCAGUUGGAAAAGGCCCUUGAAGAAAGUUCACUUCAACCGCUCCCACCAACUUUCAAUGAUUCUGAUGUGUGGAAAAAUUUGAAAGUAGAUUCGGUUGAUGCUCUAAUUGCUGGAAUUGCAGACCUGUCUUUGGUUGAAAGUUCCAGAUAACAUAUUCAUAUUUUCUAUAUAUAUACCAGAAGUUUAAUUUUCCAUUAUCAUUGUUCUGCUGUUGAGUAUUGGCUUCUUGUUGUCUCAAAUUUUCAUUGAAACAUGGACGAUGGUUUAAGAUGGGGGAAGUUUUCGGGAUUGCAGUUUUGGAAA